GUCUCUUUGUGCCUCUGCGCUCAUGGGCUCAGCUUUAUCUGGGGCUGUAAUCCCCCUUGCUCCGGUAAUUAAAAACUCCGUAUUACAAGGAAAACGGUGUGCAGGGAAAUGUAAUCAAGUCUGGAGGGGCUUAACCAUCUGGUAAAGGUUAGGACUAGCACGGCGGGGGACGCGGCCGGGGGAUUUGGCAGCCGCCGCGAUCCAGGCUCCUCUUAAUCUACUGCGGGGACGAGGCAGCAUCUGCGGGGUAAUACCAGUCUUGUUGGAGCUCCCACCGCCGUUAACGGGACCUUCCCGGGGCGAUCCCCCUCCCCAAGUGCGCCCGGCUCCGGUAGACCGAUUCUGGUGUGGCGCCGGGACCCGGAUUGCACCCCCUGCCCAGGGCCAGCAGGAAAAGGGUUAAGCGGCCGCCGGUAGCCGCGGCUUGGCUCCCCAGCUCCGGGCAGGGCCCUCCCCCGCCGGCCCCGGGAGCCCGAAACUCUUCGGAACUGCAAGGGCCGAGCAAAGGCGUGGGGGGACGCGGCGGCGCCCGUGGGACCCCGCGUCCCUUGGAGGGCUGCGGGGCCAUGGGGGCCCGGCCAGGCUCCGGGCAGGGGCAGCUCUUCCUCCGCUCCCUCCUCUUCCUCCUGCUGGCCGGGCCCCCGGCACCGCGCCCGGCGGCAGGGCAGCUGCGCUACGCCGUGCCGGAGGAGCUCGAGCACGGAGCCUUUGUGGCCAACCUGGGCGAGGACCUGGGGCUGGAUGUAUCCACCCUGUCAGCGCGGCGGUUCCGCAUGGUGUCGCAGGCUGGGGCCAGGCAGCACCUGGAGGUGAACCUGGAGAACGGGAUCCUCUUCGUGAACGAGCGGAUUGACCGUGAGGAGGUGUGCAAGGCCGGGGCAACCUGCCUGCUCCAUCUGCAGCUCCUUGUCGAGAGCCCUCUGGAGCUCUACCGCAUUGAGGUGGAGGUGCUGGACAUCAAUGACCACGCGCCCACCUUCCCCUGGCAAGAGUAUGUGCUGGAGGUGGCCGAGUCUGCCGUGCUUGGUGCCCGCUUCCCACUGGAGAGCGCCCAGGAUCCUGACAUGGGUACCAACUCAGUCCACACCUACCGGCUCAGCCCCAAUGGUUUCUUUUCACUUGAGGUGCAAACACGCAGUGAUGCCAGCAAGUUUGCAGAGCUGGUGCUGGAGCGCACCCUCGACCGUGAGCAGCAACGCACACACCGGGUGCUGCUCACUGCUCUUGAUGGUGGUAUCCCCGAGCGCUCAGGCACAGCUCACAUCCUCAUCACGGUGCUGGACGCGAACGACAAUGUGCCUGCCUUUGACCAGCCCUCAUAUGGCGUGAGCCUUCCUGAGGAUGCCCCUGCUGGCACGCUGGUGAUCCAGCUCAAUGCCACUGACCUGGAUGAGGGCCUCAACGGGGAGAUUGAGUACUCCUUCAGUGGGCACGCUCCACCACAUGUCCGGGAGCUCUUCCAUGUAGAGCCACAGAGUGGGCAGGUGCUGCUGAAGGGCCCCCUGGACUAUGAGCGGGCAAGUCUCCAUGAACUCGAUGUGCAAGCUAAGGACCGUGGACCCUCAGCUGUGGCCGUGCACUGCCGGGUGCUUGUGCAACUCCUUGAUGUGAAUGACAAUGCACCAGAGGUGACCCUCACCUCUGUGUCCACACCUGUGCUGGAGGAUGCCCCACCAGGCACUGUCAUUGCUGUUAUCAGUGUUCUGGACCGGGAUUCUGGGGACAACGGGCGUGUGAGCUGUGAGGUUGGCCCCAACGUACCCUUCAAACUCCGCACCUCCUUCCACAACUACUACAUGCUGGUCACCACGCAGGCACUGGACCGGGAGGUUGUGCCUGAGUACAUCAUCAGUAUCACAGCACGGGACAUGGGAUCCCCCUCCCUGCUGACCCACAGCUCCCUCACUGUCCCAGUGUCCGAUGUGAAUGACAAUGCCCCACGCUUUCUCCAGCCCUCCUACAGUGUCUACGUGAUGGAGAACAAUGCACCAGGUGCCUCCAUCUGCUCCGUCAGUGCAUUGGACCCUGACUGCCAACAAAAUGCCUACCUGUCCUACUCCAUUGCCGACGGGCACAUCCAUGGCAUGCCUGUGGGCACCUAUGUGUCUAUCAACUCGGACAGCGGGCAUAUGUAUGCCCUGCGCUCCCUUGAUUAUGAGCAGAUCCGCAGCUUCCAGAUCCAGGUGCAAGCACAGGAUGCGGGUUUCCCGCCACUCAGUGCCAACGUCACUGUCCACAUCUUUGUGCUGGACCAGAAUGACAAUGCUCCAGUCAUCAUUUCCCCCAUGCCGCGCAAUGGCUCCGUGGCCACCGAGCUGGUGCCACGAUCAGCUGGGCCUGGCUACCUUGUGGGUACAGUGUCGGCAGUGGAUGCAGAUGCAGGCCUGAACUCCCGCCUUUCCUACCAGCUCCUCCAGGCCACUGACUUCACCCUCUUCAGUGUGGCACCAGACACAGGCGAGCUGCGCACCCUCCGCUCCUUCCUGGAGCAGGAUGCAACCCGGCAGUGGCUGGUUGUGCAGGUGCGGGAUGGUGGGCAGCCAGCCCUCUCUGCCACAAUGUCCCUCCUGCUUUCAGUGGUGGAGACCAUGCCUCAGACUCUCUCUGACUUCAGCGAGUUCAGCCUCCCCCCAGAGGCCUCCUCAUCCUCCCCACUCACCCUGUACCUCCUUGUCUCCCUGGGCUCCAUCUCCUUCACGUUUCUCCUUGCCAUCCUCAUCCUUACAGCUGUUCGGAGCCACAGAGAGCACUGCUCCUGCCAAGGUGAUGGCUGCUCACCACCCUGCUGCCCUGGGUCCAGACCCUCCCCUGACAGCCUGAAGACAUCCAAUCUGAUGGCACAACCCCCCACGGGGACCACAGCUGCCACCUGCCUUGACGUGCCCGGGGGCGGUCCCCCAGGCUAUUGCUACAAGGUCUGCCUCAGACCUGAGUCUGCCCAGAGUGACUUUAUGUUCCUCAAACCCUGCAGCCCCACCUGGAACAACGAGAAGGACCUCAGGAAGCAGUCCUGGCUGGACCAGCAUCUCCACGUAUCCAAGCAGAUCAAACAGCCCAAAAUGGACCAGCUGCCUCCAAGCAUGCAGAGGCCCGCCCUGAAGAGCUCCCAGAGCCUGGAGGAUGUGGGGGAAAUCCGCAGAGCCCUCCAGAAGGAGCAUGAGAGGCUGUGCACACUGGUGACCCCUGUCUCUGAGUUUCAGAAGGCUUCGGCAGGCACCAACAGCAUUUGGACACCCCAGUACAGCCCCUCGUACUCAGGGCACAUCCCAGCCCUGGAUUAUCAGCACAAUGUCUACAUCCCCGGCACCCCUACUCUGCUUUCCAGCAAAGAUGGGCCCCGCUUCCUGGGCUGGGAGAACAAGAACAGCUUCUCCACCUUUGGCAAGAGGAAGAAGAUGACAACUUACUCUGACAUACAUGACAGCAUGGUUAUCAAUAACGACCUGAAAUAGUGACCAGUGUUGGGCCUGGAUGGCUCCGCCCAAGGCCCUGGGAAUCAGUCACAUUAUUUCAGCUGCUAGGUCUACCCACAGCACACAGCUCCAUGUAUGGACCACUCAGAACUUUGCAGGACUGCUAGUAUAGUGGCUUACCAGAGCAUGGGGAAAGGAUUUAAGGAGCAAGAGACUGAGAAAU